AUGCCCAAGGCCGUCCCGCAGCCCGCGCCCGGCAGCGGCAACGCGGUCUACGGCGUCCUCUUUGCGACCGUGACGACGACGAUUGGGUGGGGCGCGUACAUCAAGCAGAACCCGACCUUCAACCCGGAUGCGGUCAAGGACAACGUCGCUUGGGCCAAGUUCCGCGAGUUUGUGCUCACGACGGUCCCGCCGACGCAGGCGCUGCCCGAGACGAUCGUCGUCGCCAAGCCCAAGCCGGCCGAGAAGCCGGUCAAGAAGGAAGCCGAGAAGCCCAAGGUUGCGGACAAGAAGACUGUCGAGAAGAAGGAGUCGGCGCCGGUAGAGAAGAAGGAGCCGGUCACGAUUGCCAAGAAGGCGACUGUCAAGGACGCAGUCGUCGCCAAGGUCGAGGUGAAGAAGGAGAAGGCGGCUGUCGCCACGACCGAAGCCAAGGUUGACGCCAAGGUCGAGGCCAAGGUCGAAGUUGCCGAGGCCAAGGUCGAGAAGGCGAUCGUUCAGGCCGAAGCCGCCGUUGUCGCGGCCAAGGCCGUCGUGGCCGAGGCCGUGCCCGCGCUCCCGACGGCGCUCAAGAAGAAGCUCGACGAAGCGUCUGCGAAGGAGAAGGCUGUCAUUGAUGCGCUCAACAACGACCUCCUUACGUUUGAAGAGAAGGCCAAGGAGACGCUCGCUGCGACCAAGAACACGGUGCUGAAGAAGGCGCGCGCCGAAGCCGACGCGAUGAACGAGGAGCUCGACCAGUCGAUGCUCGCCGGCAUCAAGGACCUCGACGCGGAUAUGCUCCGCAUGCGCGUGGCGCAGCUCGUGACCGAGAUGAAGCACCGCACCAAGUGGGAGGCCAUGCGUCUCAUGGAGUCGCUCAAGCGCAUGGAAGAAGACGUCCAGGCCAAGCACUUGGAGCUUUUGCAGCAGCAGGACAAGCUCCACAAGGAGCUCCUCUCGCGCGAACUUCGCCUCCAGGAAGAGAUUCUCACGCGCUCGGCCCGUGACGAGCUCGACGCGUUCCGCACCAACCACGAAUCGCAGCUCAGCGUGCUCGUCAACCAGCAGCAGGCGCUUAUCCAGGCCGAGUACGCCAAGAAGCUCGCGGCCGUCCAGGAAGAAGCCGACCGCACCGUUCUCGCGCUCGUGACAGCCAAGACGGACGAGCUCGAGGCCAAGUUCCAGGCCGAGCAAGACAGUCGCCUCCAGGAGCUCGAAUCGUUCCGCAUCCAGCUCCGUGCCGUGAACGAGCUCUUGGGCCAGACGUCGACGUACGAAGCGUUCAGCCACCAGGUGCACAAGGUGUCGGUCGCAGCGCUCGCCCUCACGGACCGCAUCGAAGCCGCCGCGCCGCUCCACAGCGAGAUUCGUGCACUCGCGGCCGCCGGCAAGGGCGACCACCUCCUCGAGGCCGCGGUCGCGUCCAUGGCCCCGUUCGCCGAAGGUGCGCCGUCGGUCGCGCAGCUCCAGGACCGCUUUGCCUACGUGCGCAACGCCGGUCGCCGCGCGGCGCUUGUGCCGGACGAGUGCCACGGCAUGCUGGGCCACCUCUUUGCGGGCGCGCUGCUCUUGCUCAUGAUCCCGCCGGGUGGCCCGAUCAAGGGCGACGACGCCGAGGCGAUUUUCUCGCGCGCCGACUAUGCGCUCCGCGCCGGCGACAUUGAAACGACGGUGCGGGAGCUCGACACGCUGUCGGGUCUCCCCCGCGAGGUCGUGGCCGACUGGGUUGGUGCGGCCAAGUCGCGCCUCACGAUCGAACAGACGUCCAAGGUCGUCAAGGCGCACGUGUCGCUCCUCGCCGCGAGCUUGUCGUAG